AUGACAGGAAAAGAUGGAAAAGUACUGGUCGCUGACCUUCCCAUGAUGUACCCGAAGGACCUUUUGCGUUUUGAAAAAGAAGGUGGUGUAUGGGGUCAACAAUAUCGUGUGCGCCGUCAACAACUGACGCUGGCAGUUGGGGCUGCUGCGUUUUCAACUUUGUUGGGAAUCGGAUACGUGAGGCGGCGGCGCAAUACCGGUUUUGUGGUGUUCAGUACCUUCACUGGUUUUACCGUCCUCGGGUUUUGCCUUGGCGCAACCCUCUCACCAAUUAUAUAUCCAAAUGUCGCUAGCAACCGGGAGACGUCGAUGAUGCGCCGCGUCUGGUGGGCAAAGGAAUGCGCUAAGCACUGGGAUUACUCGCAGAUGGAUGGAAAUUCAUGGCAUGCAGCACACCCGCACGACAGAUUGCCGCAGCAACUAAAAGGCAAUAAUGAGGAAUGCGCUACCGCUUGA